AUGACCUACAAGGCCACUCUGAGCCUCCUUUCCACACAACAAAUGUUUGUCCCCAACUUCAGCUGUCAUAACCCGAACAAUAUGAUAGCACUCAUUGGAGAAGGUUUCUCUGAGUUCUCUGCUAACAUUGCAGUGAUUUUGACAAGCAAGAAGAUUCCACAGCUCACUUAUGGAACAUUUUUGCCAUCAUGGGAUGAGAGAAUAAUGUUCCCUUUUUUGUACCAUAUGGUUCCAAAUGAAGCCCACCAGUACAUGGGAGCUGUCCGGUUAUUUCAGCAUUUUGGAUGGACAUGGGUUGGGCUCUUGGCUGUGGACAAUGACAAAGGGGACCGAUUUUUACAGACAAUGCUGCCUUUGCUUUCUGAGAAUGGCAUCUGUUCUGCAUUCGUUCAUCAUUUACUAAGAAGCAUCAUAUUCAAUAACAGUGUUGGAGACACUAUCCACUUUAAUGAAAAUAGAGAAUUAGUUGCAGGCUUUGACAUUACAAACUGGAUGAUGUUCCCCAAUGGCUCAGUGAUGAGAGUAAAAGUUGGAAGGCUAGAACCUCAGGCUCCUCUGCGCAAUGAAUUGACCAUGGAUUAUGACCAGAUUGUGUGGCCUUCAAAAGUCUCUGAAGUUCUGCCUCGUUCUGUGUGCAGUGACAGCUGCUAUCCUGGCUCCAGCAGGAAAAAGAAGGAAGGAGAGAAAUUUUGCUGCUAUGACUGUGCUCUGUGUCCAGAUGGGAUGAUCUCCAACAAGAAGGAUAUGGAUGCCUGUGUCAAAUGUCCAGAAGACCGGUAUCCCAACAAGAACCAAACUAAAUGCAUUCCAAAAUUGGUAACAUACCUCUCUUACAAAGAAGACUUGGGGAUCACCUUAACUAGCUUGGCUAUUAUUUUCUCUUUGACCACAUGUUUAGUACUUGGGAUUUUUAUGAAGCACAAGGACACUCCCAUUGUCAAAGCCAACAACCGGACCCUCACCUACAUCCUCCUCAUCUCCCUCCUCCUUUGCUUCCUCUGUUCUUUGCUCUUCAUUGGACAACCUGCAAAGGCAACCUGCCUUCUACGUCAAACCACUUUUGGCAUUGUCUUCUCUGUGGCCCUUUCUUCUGUGUUGGCAAAGACCAUCACUGUGGUUGUGGCAUUUAUGGGAACAAAACCAGGAUCCAGGAUGAGGAAAUGGGUGGGGAAAAGACUGUCUAAUUCUAUUGUUCUCUCCUGCUCUUUUAUUCAGGCUGCCAUUUGUACUCUUUGGUUAAGUUCUGCUCCUCCAUUCCCAGGUAGAGACAUGCAUUCAGUGAAAGGUGAAAUCAUACUGGAAUGUAAGGAGGGUUCUGUUACCAUGCUUUAUUGUGUCUUGAGCUAUAUGGGUUCCCUGGCCAUAAUCAGCUUUGUUGUGGCUUUCCUUGCCAGGAAGUUACCUGACAGCUUCAAUGAGGCCAAGUUCAUCACUUUCAGCAUGUUGGUGUUUUGCAGUGUGUGGUUAUCCUUUAUUCCAACCUACCUGAGCACCAAAGGAAAAUACAUGGUGGCUGUGGAGAUCUUCUCCAUCUUAUCAUCCAGUGCUGGAUUACUGGGUUGCAUCUUUUCCCCAAAAUGUUACAUCAUUGUGCUGAGGCCUGAGCUGAACAACAGGGAACAACUCACAAGGAAAAUAAAAUGA